AGGGCAUCCUUUGGCCACUGAAUCUCUGCUCUGCAUCAGGUGACGAAAGGACUGGCAGCAAACAAAAGCAAAGGUGCCGGGGCCCCAGAGACCACCAGGAACACACCUGUCGUUCCGUCUUCCAGAGUGAUAUUAAAGUGGAAGAUAAGAUUUUUAUCUCAUCAUGAAACCAUUAUCUGAAGGACAGCUGAGGUUUUAUGUUGUUCAAGCAAUACAUCUCAUAUCAUGGCUAUUCAUACUUUUCAUUCUGAAGUCUAUCUCUUCCCUGAAACCUGCCCGACUUCCAGUUUAUCAAAGAAAGCCCUUUAUAGCUGCCUGGAAUGCUCCAACAGAUCAGUGUUUGAUAAAAUAUAAUAUAAGGCUGAAUUUGAAAAUGUUUCAGGUGAUUGGAAGUCCACUGGCCAGGGCCAGGGGGCAAAACGUUACUAUAUUUUAUGUCAACAGGUUGGGAUACUAUCCAUGGUAUACACCCCAGGGAGUUCCCAUUAACGGAGGUCUCCCCCAGAACAUAAGUUUGCAGGUACAUCUGGAAAAAGCCGACCAGGAUAUCAGGUAUUACAUCCCUUCUGAAGAUUUCAGUGGACUGGCUGUUAUAGACUGGGAAUACUGGCGACCCCAGUGGGCCAGGAACUGGAACACAAAAGACAUCUACAGACAGAAGUCAAGAAAGCUUAUUUCUGAGAUGCAAGAGAAUGCAUCAGCUGCUGAUAUUGAAUAUUUAGCCAAAGCAACCUUUGAAGAAAGUGCAAAAGCUUUCAUGAAGGAAACCAUUGAACUGGGGAUUAAGAGCAGACCCAAAGGCCUUUGGGGGUACUAUUUAUAUCCCGAUUGUCACAAUUAUAAUGUUUAUGGCCCAAACUAUACUGGGUCCUGCCCGGAAGAAGAAGUUUUGAGGAACAAUGAGCUCUCUUGGCUCUGGAACAGCAGUGCUGCUUUAUAUCCUUCUAUUGGUGUCAGGAGAUCUCUCGGAGACAGCAAAAACGUCCUGCGUUUCUCGCAAUUUCGGGUGCAUGAAUCUAUGAGGAUCUCUAUCAUGACAUCCCGUGAUCAUGCCCUGCCUGUGUUUGUCUACACAAGGCUGGGCUACAGAGACCAGCCUUUACUUUUUCUUUCUAAGCAAGAUCUAAUCAGUACUAUUGGAGAAAGUGCUGCCUUGGGAGCUGCGGGCAUUGUUAUUUGGGGAGACAUGAAUUUGACUUCAUCUAAGGGCAACUGUACAAAGGUGAAGCAGUUUGUGAGUUCUGAUUUAGGGAGCUACAUAGUCAAUGUGACCAGAGCCGCUGAGGUGUGCAGCCUUCAUGUCUGCAGGAAUAAUGGGAGAUGCAUAAGGAAGGUAUGGAAAAUGCCUGAUUAUCUUCACCUGAACCCUGCAAGUUACCACAUAGAGGCCUCCGAGGAUGGAGAAUUUACUGUGAAAGGCAGAGCAUCUGAUACAGACCUGGCAGUGCUGGCGGAGAGAUUCUCCUGUCAUUGUUAUCAGGGAUACCAAGGGGCUGACUGCAGGGAAAUGAAGACAGCUGAUGGCUGCUCUGGGCCUUCCUCUUUUUCGGGCUCACUACUCACACUGUGUCUGCUGGUUUCCACAGGUUAUCAGAGCCGUCAGUGGUGA